CCUGGCCUCUGCCGGCGGGGUCUUCCCGGCCCUCAGGGCCGGGAAGACGGGCAGAGGCCUCGGGGAGGGGAAGCCGGAGCCGGGGGUGCCCCCCUGGGACUGGGCCUAGCGCCGGGGCCCGGCUACGGGAGGGGCGGGGGAGGAAGGAUUCCCGCCCGGAGGAGGAGCGCGGCCGGCCGGCCGGGCGGAGGCACCCGGAAGGGGGCGUUAGACUCCCCGCCCCUCGGAGCCCCGGGCGGGAGAUCCACAGAUGAGCAUGGCUGCCACCGCUGCCGUCAGUCCCAGCGACUACCUGCAGCCUGCUGCCGCUACUACCCAGGACUCCCAGCCGUCCCCCUUGGCCCUGCUCGCUGCGACAUGUAGCAAAAUUGGCCCCCCAGCUGUCGAGGCUGCAGUGACACCUCCUGCACCCCCCCAGCCCACCCCACGGAAGCUGGUCCCCAUCAAACCAGCCCCUCUCCCGCUCAGUCCCAGCAAGAAUAGCUUUGGCCUCUUGUCAUCUAAAGGAAAUAUUCUUCAGAUUCAGGGCUCCCAACUGGGUGCCUCCUAUCCUGGAGGGCAGUUGGUGUUUGCUAUCCAGAACCCCACCGUGAUCAACAAAGGGAGCCGGUCAAGUGCAAGUAUACAGUACCAAGGGGUCCCUCAGAUUCAAGGGAACAGUUCCCAGACCAUCCAGGUGCAGCCCAAUCUCACCAACCAGAUCCAGAUCAUCCCAGGCACCAACCAAGCCAUCAUCACCCCCUCAUCAUCCGGCCAUAAGCCUGUCCCCAUCAAGCCAGCUCCUGUCCAGAAGUCAAAUACGACUACCACCCCCGCGCAGAGUGGGGCCAACAUGGUGAAGCUGACAGGUGGGGGCGGCAACGUGACGCUCACGCUGCCGGUCAACAACCUGGUGAACACCAGUGAUGCUGGGACCCCCGCUCAGCUCCUCACCGAGAGCCCACCCACUCCAUUGUCUAAGACUAACAAAAAGGCCAGGAAGAAGAGCCUUCCUGUCUCACAGCCAUCAGUGGCUGUGGCCGAGCAAGUGGAGACGGUGCUGAUUGAGACCACAGCAGACAACAUCAUCCAGGCAGGAAACAACCUGCUGAUUGUCCAGAGCCCUGGGGGGGGCCAGCCAGCUGUGGUCCAGCAAGUCCAAGUGGUGCCCCCCAAGGCUGAGCAGCAGCAGGUGGUGCAGAUCCCCCAGCAGGCACUUCGAGUGGUGCAGGCUGCCUCUGCCACCCUCCCCACCGUUCCCCAGAAGCCCUCCCAGAACUUUCAGAUCCAGACAACUGAAUCAGCACCAACCCAGGUUUAUAUUCGUACACCUUCUGGUGAGGUACAGACAGUCCUCGUCCAGGACAGCCCCCCAGCAACAGCUGCAACCACCUCAACCUCCACCUGUAACAGCCCUGCACCCCGAGCUCCCCAUCUGAGCGGUACCAGCAAAAAGCAUUCAGCUGCAAUUCUCCGAAAAGAGCGACCCCUGCCAAAGAUUGCACCUGCUGGGAGCAUCAUCAGCCUGAACGCUGCACAGCUGGCAGCAGCUGCUCAGGCCAUGCAGACCAUCAACAUCAAUGGAGUCCAGGUCCAGGGUGUGCCUGUCACCAUCACCAACACCGGCGGGCAGCAGCAGCUGACAGUGCAGAACGUUUCUGGAAACAACCUGACCAUUAGUGGGCUGAGCCCCACCCAGAUCCAGCUGCAGAUGGAGCAGGCCCUGGCAGGAGAGGCCCAGCCCGGGGAGAAGAGGCGGCGGAUGGCCUGCACGUGUCCCAACUGCAAGGACGGGGAGAGGAGGUCUGGGGAGCAGGGCAAGAAGAAGCACGUGUGCCACAUCCCCGACUGCGGCAAGACCUUCCGGAAGACAUCCUUGCUUCGGGCCCAUGUCCGCCUACACACCGGCGAGCGACCCUUUGUCUGCAACUGGUUCUUCUGUGGAAAGAGGUUCACACGGAGCGAUGAGCUCCAGCGACAUGCUCGAACCCACACAGGCGACAAGCGCUUUGAGUGCGCCCAGUGUCAGAAGCGCUUCAUGAGGAGUGACCACCUCACCAAGCAUUACAAGACCCACCUUGUCACGAAGAACUUGUAAGGCCGACUGAGGCAGGAGGCCCUGAAGAUGGAAUCCCCCAUCUGACUGGCCUGGGUCGAUGGUGGACAGGUGCCCACAACUGCCCUGGGCAGCCCUCACCCCACUCCUGUUCUGUGGCUGUGUCCCCACAGGGAGGGGAGGGGCUCUUCUCCUGUGCUCUCCUCCUUCCAAAGGCCUUUCCCUUCUCAUCGUGAGCUCCUGGCCUGCCCAGGCUGUGCACACUGGCCAUGCCCAAUGAGACGUUCUAAACCAGGACGCGUGGGGACCCUUAUUUCCAAAGGAAAAACAUGCAUUUCACUCCGUCGAGGAGCAAAGUGAGCCCCCUAUCCCAACCCAUUCCCUGCCCCAACACUGCCGGAGUCCCAUUGUGCCAUGCCCCCCAAUCCUGUGCCUCCUUGUCCCCAGUUACCUCCUCCCCUAGCCGCUAGGGACACCCCGGGACCCUGUACCCAGCCUCCCAUGGGCACCCACCUCUGCGGAGGCUUGGGAGGCUGCCUCCACUCCACUGCCCAGCCCUGCCACGGCUCUCCUCCAGACAUUCCAACUUCCUGUUCGAAAGGUCAGAUGCCGGCGGACUCCUCCACUCCUUUUCUAUGGAGAACGUUGCCUUAUACUCAGACUUCAGAUGAUGAACACUGUGUAUGUGUGUGCUUUAAAGACAUUUAUUUAAUUGCUCCCUCUUCCUUUCUUUACUAGCCGCCUCCCGCUCGCCUGCGUUCAGUUUAGGGUUUUGGGGGACAAUGCUGAGCAUAGGAGUUUUUUUCCCACUAACAAUUCUUUUCUAAAUGACACACCAUUUCAACUCUGAUCUGGACUCACAUGAAAACACCUUCCAUUCUGACCCCUCCACAUCCUCUCAUCUCAUCACCCUACCUGCCCAAGCUCUAUUGUGUACAGUGUAUAUUGUAUAAUAGACGAUUGUGUCUACGACAUGUUUUAAAAAAAACAUAUUGCUUGUUAUUUUUGAGGCUUUUAAAUUAAACAAAAAUCCAACUUUAUUUUUCGUUGUAACUGCUUGAGGAUGUUUUAUUAAUUAAGUGACAGAUUUGUUAUCCUUUAUUAACGAUGUAUUUUGUUGGUCAGUGCUGGGCUGACAAAAAUUUUUCUUGCUAAUAAAUUUAGUUGCCCGAGGCAAAGUCUG